AGGACGAACGUGUGCAGAUAAUUCUCCACGUGUGCAGAUAAUAUUUGUCCUGACCUGGGAAAAAAUAUGCCUACGGUCAGGGACAAUCGGCAUUUGUAGUGUAGUGUGCUGCCGAUGAUUCUAAAGUCGACAUCGGAUGAUGAUACUCCUACCCCAGGCUACCUGUACCAAGAACUAUCAGAUUUGACCUAUGUAUCCAGUGGCUAUUGCAACUCUUUACUCGACGUCCUUGUGGAUAGACUUGACAAGUCCUCCCACCAUGUCAAGUUCAAGGUGUUGCGAGUCAUGAAGCAUGUGGUUGAGAAUGGGAGUGAGGAGUUUCGUGCCGGCCUUUUACGACGCUCUGCUGGAAUCCAACACGCUACCAAAUUCAGCGGACCACCAGAUCCCCUCCAUGGCAACGCUCCAUACAUUGCAGUCCGAUCUGCUGCCAAGCAACUCUCAGAAGUUCUGUUUGAUACCGAGCAGUGCAGAAGCCAGGAAGCGUCAAGCCCAAGGAAGAUGGCGCCGUCCAGCGGGAUCGGUUCUAGUAGGAGUGGGAUCACUAUGCAAGGGUUUGGCAACACUGUGGCUCCAGUUCACAAACAGAAAUCAUUCACGGAAACCGUCAAAGGUGGCUUCCAACAACUCGCAGAAAGUUUCCGAGAGUCCACAACACCUCCGGCUUUCCUCAGGGUAGAGAGCGAUUACAAACCCCUGGGAGGUUCAGACUCAGACUCGAGUACAUCGGCUGUGUUCUCACUCUCUUCUGGGCGGAGACAACCUCAAACGGCGUCAGAGUCUUGCGACAGACAGGGGGAGUAUAAACCUGUUGUUGUUGACGAUGGGGAAGCUUCAAGUGUGAAGCGUCAUCAGCCGGGAAGUAAAGAUCUUGCUCGGGUUACGGCAGGCCGGCAUAAGCAAGGUAGACCAGCUGGAGGCUGGGAAGACUGUUCCAGAGGGCGUGGCAGCAAUGCAUCAAACAGCGAUGGACAACAUAGUGGAGACAGUACAGAAUUAUCUGAAAGACUGGAGUCUGUGUCAGUGGAAGACCUCUCCAUGGAGACCAAGCUAGUGGAGGAGUUUGUGAGCACCAGCAAUGGCAAACUACCAUCUAGAGAUGCACUGUCGCAGUUUGUCAAACACUGCUGUACUCUCAAUUGUGAGAAGAUUACUGAGUUACUUCAUGUGGAGCUGCAGUCAACAUCAGAUUCAAUCCACAUGAGAUGCUUGUGUGCUUUGGAAGCCCUUAUGAGAGACGAUAUAGUAUCGUCCGACUAUCUGUAUGGAAUCUUACCACACACGCUAACAACCCUUCAAGAGCAGUCCACAGACAAACUCAUCCAAUCCAAGGCAUCCAAGAUUUUAAGGCAACUAGAAAGGACGUGUGAAGAAGCUACCGUUGCAAAAUCCUCCACUCGGCAUCACAACUACCUGUCAAGUCCGUUGACAAAUAAUUCCAGCAUUGAUUUACAGCAAUCAGAAACCUGUGGUGAUGAUUACCAAAGUGUAAACUUGGACAGUCUGGUUCCCUUCUCGCGUCAAGAUGAAACAAAUGGAGAGGAUCACACAGUCAGUGUUUCCAACAGUCCCUCACAGAAAUCUAAAUCUCUUUUCUCUGGUAUGGACAUAGGGGCAAAGUCUCUACAGAGAACUUCUGAACCGACUUUGAUGCCCAGUGACGUGGCUGGACAGAUAUCUCAUGCAAGUAACGUUGACACUAAUGUAAGGCUAAAUGCUGGACCACCGCAACUUCUUGAUGAUUUAUUGGACCUUUCAAUCACAAACGAGCCAACUCUAACUCUAAACACAGAGGAGUGUCAGAGGCUGGGGACGCAUCUACCGCCCUCUGGGAAUGAUUUAUUGGACCUCUCAAUCACAAACGAGCCAACUCUAACACCAAACACAGAGGAGUGUCAGAGGCUGGGGACGCAUCUACAGCCCUCUGAGAAAACGCAUCAGUCACUUCAAUUAACCGCUACAGCUCAAGAUUGUUUACUGAGUGGACUUCAAGUCGAAUCUUGUGCCACUGAGGUUUCAAAUAAUAGCAAUACAAUAAUCACAGGAACCAGACAAGCACAUUCUGAAAGCAAUAAAAAAGUUGUCAACACAAAAUCUCAGACUGUUUCACGUCGGCCAGACUCGAUCAUGUCCCGGCAAGCUAAUCUUGACGACCUCCUGGCUGCGACAGGCAUCACUGUUGCCUCUGGAAAUAUCGGGAAACCCCACCAUGUAUCGAAGAAGGAACCGUCACCAAUACAAGGAACUUCCACCAACCCAGUAGUAUCCGGUAAACCUACCGUGAAUGCAGAGCAGAUUUCAAGACUUUACCCUCAGCUAGCAGGGGUUACCCUAAGCGGAUCAAGUGCGGUUCCGCUGAAGCUUGGCGAGAGACCCCUGGAAGGGAACUUUUCCUUCAUGAUUACCAAGGAUGAGGGUGGGAAAGAAAAGUCUCAAAGAAAAGGAAGUUUUGAUUUCGUGAAAGAUGCAAUGAUAACCAGCAAGAAGUAAGGGUUAAAGGUAGGGGCAUAGUCAUACUGAUUUAUAGGCAAAAUUAUAAAGAAUGUGUCUUUAUUUGUUCAGAAAAUAGCAAAAUACUGUUCGGUAUUUUUCACAAGAAUGUUGAAUUCAUCCAUGUUUGGCGAGUGGCAACUGCAUCUCUGGCAACAGUAUUCGCAAAUGGCAACAACCCUCAGAUAUCUGAGAAAAUAUUUCAUGCAUGUGUCGUUUCUCACACUCGAGUAUUUGGUUGAAAACAUUUCCUAACUGUGUUACUCUUAAGUGAAUCCUUUCUGAAACUAGUUUGUACUAUCAACAACUGCAUCGCUACUCACCGAUUAAGUUUUUAAGGUAAUAAGGUUUUUUUGAGUUGUUACAAAUUUAUGACCCCUAUCUCUUAAUAUUACUAAUAAAUUGUGGACAUUUUGUUUUGCUGCUGUUUCUUGGAGAAGUUUCUGUAAUAUUUGUUUACAACAAACCUUUGUUGUGUUGUGGAACUGAACGACUGUGUACAAAUGCAAAGUCAGUAAACAAUUAAAGUCGAGGGACACAUUAAGAUUUCUUGUCUCAUGCAAAUCAUCAAGUGUUUUUGUAGCUCAUUGAUUUGUUUGCGUUUUGCAGGCUGUCCAAUACGUCUUGUUCCAUUCAGCAGGUCACAUGAACUGGUUAUAUAUUUUUUUAAUUUUUACACAAACUUUAAAAAUAGAUCUUUUGCGUACAAUUCACCAGCUCAAACAGUGCCUUCACUGGAGGCGAACUGAAAACGAAACACAGAUUUUCAAAGUCGGAAAGAAUCUCAUCCCUUAGGAUGACAAAUCAUUGGCAGAGAGUUGUGCGUGGCUGAUGCAUGUUUCCAUUGUCCAUCCCUGCAUUGUCGGCCAGAGCAAGGGGCCUCUGUUUCCCUCUAAUAAACUAAUACCCAAAAAAUAAAUCCAAUUUAUCUAACAUCCGGUUCAGACAGGCGAUCUAGAGUCGCGCCGAACCAAAUAGAUUAGGAGUGACCAACCGACUACAAGAGUCGAUCU